AGAGAGAGAGAGAGAGAGAGAGAGGCAGAGAGUUUUGGGUGCUAAAAGCAAGAGUGGGAGCUUUAAUUCUGUUUCUUUCGUUCUUUCGUUCUUCCUCUUCAACUCGGUCCUCUAACACCCAGUCGCCGCGUAAAAAAACAAAGAGAAAAUCAGACAAGCAAACAGCGUUGUCUUCCUCUUUUCAGAUCUGAGAGAUACAGAGGCAGAUACCGUCUGCUUGCGUGCGUGUUUAGAGAGAGGGAGAAUGAGUGGCAGAGGAGGAGUAAAUAACAAUAAUGGAAAGGGUAAUACUGGAAUAUCAGGGAUACCUGCAGCGUCAAGGAAGAUGGUACAGAGCUUGAAGGAGAUUGUUAGCUGUCCUGAACCUGAGAUCUAUGCUAUGCUUAAAGAGUGUAACAUGGACCCUAACGAGGCUGUUAACCGUCUCCUCUCUCAAGAUCCUUUCCAUGAGGUGAAGAGCAAGCGAGAAAAGAAAAAAGAGGUAGAAAAUAAUAAGGACUCAACAGAUUCCAGGUCUCGAGGUGCUAAUAACAUGUCAAAUCGUGGUGGUAGAGGUGGUGCAGACCGCAAUGGGCGUGGUGGCCCUGGUAGGCCUGCCUAUUUCAGCUCUAAUGACUCUAGUACUUUGCAUGGCAAACCUUCAUACAAGAAGGAAAAUGGAGCAAAUGCUUAUGCUGGUCCUUCUCCUUCUGCAUCCAGUAUGGCAGGAAAUAAUAUUAAUUGGCAACCUCCAUAUCACAGUGAUUCUGUGGCCAUAGAAAAUAAAAUGACAACUGUAGGGGCAGGUGAUGGAGUUUCUUCAUCAGCACAGCCUUCUCCUGGAUAUCAAUCUGCCUGGAUGGGGGUUCCAGGUCAGGUAUCAAUGGCUGACAUUGUAAAAAUGGGUAGGCCGCAAAAUAAGGCAUCUACCAUGCCAUCUCAUCAAAGCGUCAAUCAUCAACAUGCUACAGCUCCUCCUUUGGCAGCAUCACACCAUGAUUUCCAUUCAUCAGAAAAUCAUGCUCCCAAGGUGGUGGAAAUAAAUACAGAACCAGAAAUUGAUGUAAACCAGCGUGUUCAUUCCAAUGAUGAAUGGCCAUCAAUUGAGCAGCCAACUACUGCCAGCGCAUCACCUGUUCGGGAGGUUCCUGCAGAUUCUGAGUUUUAUGGAGAUCUAUCUAACUUGCCUUUAGAUAGAGGUAGUCAGCACGUCAAAUCCCAGUUCGAUGAUGUUCAAUCAUCAGAAGAUGCUCAUGAUGAAUCUUUUGAUGCAAACCAUGUGGGACCUGCUUCUGUAUCUACUAGAAAUAUGCAGGAGGAUUGUUCUGGAGGUUCAUCUAUUUUUGAUAAUAAUAUGUAUGGGAACAUCAAUUCCUACCAGUCUCACAGACAUACUUUUGAGAAUAAUGAAGCUGAAGAUGGCGCUUCAUCAGUGGCUGCUAACUUACAUCAACUAAGUUUGCGGAAUGAUGAUCAGGGGGUGCAGCCUGAAGAGGAUAAUCCUUCUGUAAUAAUUCCAAAUCACCUGCAAGUUCAUACUCGAGAAUGCUCACACCUAAGCUUUGGGAGUUUUGGAUCUGGGAUGAAUUCGGCUUUUUCUGGGCAUUAUGCAUCAAUGCCCGUGAAUAAUAGCUUGGAAGAAACAUCUGAAGUGGUAGAUGCUUCAUCAACUGAUCAUUCAGACACUAGAAAUCCUGAAUAUUAUGGGGAUGAGCAUCUCAGAAAUACAGUAGAUGAAAGUUUAGUACAUAGAGCUGGUGUGAGUGCUGUGAAUUACGAUACUCCUCCAGUUCCACAGGCGGAGACUUUGAAGGAGACAUCUGAAGCUGCUCAAGGGAAUCAAUAUGCAUUCCCUUCAUCUACACCUGGUUAUAGUUAUGAAAACACUCAACAGUUGAAUGCUGCAUUUAACAACUCACAGACAAGCACUCAGAUGCAAAAUAUUGCUCCUUUCUCAAGUGUAAUGCAGGCAUAUACAAAUUCUUUGCCAAGUGCCUUGUUGGCUUCAACAGUUCAGACUGGGAGGGAGACUGACCUUCCAUACUCACCCUUCCCUGUGACACAAUCACUGCCCACAAAAUACAGCAGUGCAGCUUCGUCUAUCAGUGGUCCUGGCAUUUCCAUGUCAGAGGCUUUGAGAGCAGGUGGUGUUUCUACACCUCAGCCAACUCCACAGACGCAUCCUGGUGCCAAUGUUGCCACAGGACCUGCUCUUCCACAACACCUUGCUAUGCAUUCUUAUUCCCAGCCCACCCUUCCUUUGGGGCAUUUUGCCAACAUGAUCAGCUAUCCUUUCUUAGCUCAAAGCUACACGUAUAUGCCAUCAGCCUAUCAGCAGACCUUUUCUGGUAAUAAUACAUACCAUCAGUCGCUUGCAGCAGUGCUUCCACAAUACAAGAACAGCGUUUCUGUAAGCAGCUUGCCCCAGUCUGCUGCUGUUCCUUCUGGGUAUGGAUAUGGGAGUUCAACCAGCAUUCCCACAGGAAACUUUCCUUUGAAUGCACCUGCUGCCCCUGCAGGCACAACAAUAGGCUAUGAUGAUGUUUUAAGUUCUCAAUACAAGGAUGCCAGCCACUUGAUCUCACUUCAGCAGAAUGAGAAUUCAGCAAUGUGGAUGCAUGGGCCUGGUUCGCGAACAAUGUCGGCCGUCCCUGCCAGUACAUAUUACAACUUCCAGGGGCAGAAUCAGCAGCCCGGUGUAUUCCGGCAAGGCCAGCAACCGUCCCAGCAUUUUGGGGCACCUGGGUACCCAAAUUAUUAUCAUUCACAAUCGGGGAUGUCAUUGGAACACCAGCAGCAAAACACAAGGGAUGGUUCCCUAGGCGGGUCUCAAGGCCAGCCAUCAAAGCAGGCUCAACAGUUGUGGCAAAACGGCUACUAAGAAUGCCAUCACCUCCUGGUUUUUCAGGGCAUUGUAGUGAGUUUGAAAGUGGCCAAUCAAAGGCGUUCCUGCUUUUGAAUAAUUUAAUGUAAUGAUUUGUUGGUGAUCUAAAGAGAACUUGACUAGCUACUGCCCCUGUGCCAUGAGGUUGAUUCUACUGCGUAAUUUAUCAGCUUGAUCUGGUUAACUUAGGAACACGUGUGCUAAUCUGGGCUACUGGACUAUUUUAUUCUCCUUGUUCGCCUGUUCUCGUUAUAUAGUCAAAGUUAGCUGUUUUCUCC